GAUAUACAGCCUACACAGUUAUAUACGUUUAUAUGUUAUAUUUUAUUCUUUCUUAUUGUAUAUUACAUUUAACCUCUGUUUUUAAUUCUUAUUCCUAAUAUUUUCUCUAUUAUGCUCAGGCCCUUGUGAGGAUGUGUGUUGUGUACGCGCGUUUGUAUUUAAUCUGUACAAUUUCAGUGCUGUAAUUGGUUUCGCCAUUUUGAGAGUCUUGCGAGCUGAACCAAUAACAACAAAUACGAUGAGUGGCCAGACUCUAUGUUCAAGGGACUCUAUUUACACUUAAAUAUAUCGCAGCGUCCUCUAUCGGCUUAUCUUUCAAACAUCGUACACUAAACAGCUACAGUUUUCUUUCGUUCCAAGAGGUUUGUGAAAACAAUCUCUUGUUCGUUGUAGUACACACAACGAUUAUCUGUCAACACCAUUUGAGUAAAUAAUAGUCUGUGAAAAACAAAAAUUCAUCAUGUCGAAUUUGUUCGAGCAAAUCAAGUUGCUUUACGAUCAAGCUCUCUAUUCUAACGUGAUCUCGCUCACCAAUUUAGUGCUCUCUCUCAGUGAGCACAACGCCGAUCUGCUGUCCCCGUAUAACAAGUUUCAUGUGUACAUCUAUUAUGCGGACGCUCAUUUUUAUCUGGACAAGUAUCGCAGAGCGGAGACUCUGUACAAAAAGGCCUUGCAAUUCCGCAAGUGUCUGAUCAAGUCCAAGGGCACGGGAAAACCCAUGUUAGACGGACAGAAAGAUCUGCCGUCAGAUGUCAACAUCAAGUAUCAGAUUCACUUAUGUCUGCUGAAAUCAAAGAAUCCCCAAGAGGCGUUGCAAGUGUUGCAGAGUAUUCCUGCCAAGCAGCGCACCGCCAAAGUGAACAUGGCACUGGCUAAAGUAUUUCACGAGCAUGGAAUGGAACGAUCAGCCAUCUCAACCUACAAGGAGGUUCUGAGAGAGUGUCCACUGGCUCUAGAGGCAGCGGAAGGCCUUCUUUCUUUAGGAGUAAAAGGUGUGGAAGUGAACUCUUUAAUUGUCCACUCUCUCUCGGGUUCAAUGAACCUGGAAUGGCUUAAUACAUGGAUCAAGGCUCACACUCAUAUUCACAAUCGAGAAUACACUCAUGCAGUAUCCGCAUUAAGAUCAUUAGAUAAUGUUGUUCUGCUUAGGGACAAUUUUAAUCUAUUGACUAUUAUGGGUGAAUGUUACUAUUAUGCUGGCGAUGAUAAAAAUGCCUUGAUGUGCUUGAGGCGGGCCAGAGUUAUUGAGCCAGAUGUAACAAAAGGGGUAGACAUAUUAGCUGCAGUGCUGUAUAAAACGCAUCACAUCAAAGAACUGGAACGCUUGAUACCGGCGAUAACAGCAAACAAUGAAUGUACCAGCGAGAUCUGCGUCGCUAUGGCUUAUUCCUUGUAUGCCGCUCGAAAGAUCAACAGAGCGAAUAUUCUCGCUGCUGAAGCAUUUAAUCUAAAUCCCAAUGAUAUAGAAGCUACCAUAUUGCGCGGUAAUCUUCUCAUAGAGGAGAAGAAGUAUCAGGAAGCGUUGUUUUUCUUCAGACAUGCGGUAGAAUUGAAGCCCUACAGAUAUGAAUCCCAUAAAGGUCUGGUGGACUGUCUCGUCGGAAUGCACAGGUUGCGAGAAGCUUUGAAUAUCGCCAGCAGUUCUUGCAAACAGCUCGGCCAUACUGCAAGAGUCUUAACGUUGUACGCUUCCGUUUUGAUGAAGGAUCCCGUAUCAGUUGGUAAGGCUAAGAAUCUUCUUGAAAAAGCAUUGGCACAAGAUGAGAUUUACUUACCGGCGGUGUACUUGCUCGCGGAGAUAUACGAACAAGAGAUGAAUCUGGAAGCAGCCAUCGAAUUGCUCGAAAAGCAGGUGGAGAUCAAUUCUACCUGCAAGCUCCAUCAGACCUUGGGCGACCUCUGGGCGAGAGUGCACAAUGAGGAAAAGGCUCUAGAUCAUUACGCCAUAGCUUUAAACUUAGAUCCGAACAAUCGUAGAGCUCUAGAGGGGAUGCAUAGACUGGACAAUUCCUCGAGUAAAUUAGAUUCGACCUACUAUAUGACCGUAGGUGAGGAACAAGCCGACACGACUUAUGAUGUCGGCGAUGCCGACGGUUUACCGGAUACGGACAACGAUGAGGCACCGGAGGAAAGCGAGACCGAAGCCGUUUGGUCAGAUAUGGAUUUGGAAGCAAACAGCCAAUAAUUUAUUUAUUGUCUCGUCGAGACGAGGUAGUCAAUGGAGAUCGGUCGAGAUCUUUUGUUAUUUCUUAGAUUAGUGAUCAACUCUGACGUAGUACGUAACGUCUUAUUCACGUGUCCUACUAUAUAUCGAUGUGUAUGCGGUAUUAUAAUAAUGUAAUGCAAACACAGAUAUGUGGACAAUGCAACAUACGGUCGGAGAAGAAUCUUGAAGAACUAUUCGUGCAUUUGUGAGAUAUAAAAAGAGACUGAUGUUUGUGUGUUAGAUAAGCACAAGAAAUUUAAGCAAAUAUAUAUUAUUAUGUAAAUGUCUGUAAUUUCCAUAUUAUUUAUAGAAAAUAUAUAUAAGAUAAAUGU